ACUCUCCGUGAAUUUGACACUCAAAUUGUAUAAAAACCACAUAUUGUGAGGAAAUUCGAGUUGAAAGGAGAACAUAAGUGAUUAUAGGCACACUAUGGCUUCGCGGGGCGGCAAAACUCCACAGCAGGGGAUAAAGGCGCACUUUACUCGGCAUAGUAAAACUACCACUACAAACAGUGGGACUAGCUUAGCCUCUCCAGCUAGUAGCUCUGUAGCUGCUAAAGAGGCUAAUGCUGGUAGCAUGACCGCAGCCAGCCUACCCCCAGAAAUGGAGAGCCUACACCGACUCAUGACCGCAUCAAUGGAGAAUAUAAUAGCUCCGCUGAAGAGGACCAUGGAUGAAGUGAAGAUAAUUGUGGAGGAUCAAGGCAAAAGGAUCGUCGACUUGGAAGAAAACGCAACGCAGCUAACUGAACGAGUCACCGCUCUUGAGGCUAUAUGUGAGCAGCUCUUGACCCAGAACGAGUCACUGAACGAACGCAUGGAAGACGCCUCUAACAGGUCUAGACGCUGCAACUUGCGCGUCACGAACGUACUACCGAGUCCUGGGGAAAGGAACGACUGUGUUCAAUUCAUGCAAAACUUUUUUGCCACGGUACUUGGGGACGUGUUCACCGAGCCACCCAUACUAGACAGAGCGCACAGGAUCGGACAAGAUGCGUGCACUACGGGCAGACAGGAGCCUGCUACAAUGGAAGGGACAGAAAAUUAUGCUCUAUCCAGAUUAUGCGCCAGCUACUGUGAAACUUCGUGCCACAUUCACCAAGCCAGACUCCCGGACAUGGAGAGAAACACAACUACCAAACCAGCGAGAAGAGGGCGCGCCACCACCCAGGAGAGAGGCGACACCGGCCGGGAGAGAGAGGAGGAGAACGGCGCUGGACUAGGCAACGAAGAGGAUGGAACGCACGGGAAGAACGGUCCGGGAGGAGAGGACGAGGCGAUGGGAGGCAUCAGCGUGGAAGGAGAAUAUAACGACGAGGUGAACGACGGCGAAGAAGAAGACGGCGGCAGCGGCAGCGAGUCCGGAGACAACAUGGGGGCUCUGGACGAGAAUGACGGUACUGAGUAGCAUUGAUCCGAGAAAUGGGGUAAGAACACCACUACAACUGACACUUAGGUAAAUAGACACAUCCACGGUUGCCUGCCAAGGAAAUGGACACAUUGAAGGGAAUAGAC